AUGCGCGCCUUCACCGCCGUCGCCUUCUUGGCCGCCCUGGCCAGCGCCCAGCAGCCCGUCUGCGCCGAGGGGCUCCAGAUUUUCAUCGCUCGCGGUACCGGCGAGGCUCCCGGGCCGGGCGUGACGGGCAACUUGGGACAGGCCGUCGCGGGCCUGAUCCCCGGCUCUCGCGUGCAGGGCGUGGACUACCCCGCCAGCUUGGACAACCCGGGAUACUUUGACUCGGUCAAGAAUGGUACCAAGACCCUAAGGGAUAACUUGGUCGAGUACGCGGCCGCGUGCCCGAACGGUAAAGUAGCUGUCAUGGGUUACUCUCAGGGAGCCCAGAUUACGGCCAACGCCAUCUGCGGCACAAACAUUGCGUGGUCGCCGUUCCCUGAUUCUGGAGAGAACCUGGCAGCGUUGGGCCAAGACGUGACUAAAAACAUCGUUGGUGUUGUCUUGUUUGGUGACCCGACCAACCCUCCCCAAGCUUCCUUCCGCAAGGGGUCGGCCAAGGGCCAUGGUAUGUUCAACCGGCCCGAUAUCAGCGCAUGCGAAGCGUUGGGCGACCGCAUCGUGUCCUACUGCGACGAGGGAGAUGUAUUUUGCGACGCCGGAUCCCCGCCCGUCACCUUGGUGCACCUUGUUUACGUCCAGGUGUACGGCCAGGAAGUCGUUCAGUACCUUGUGCGCCAGUUCCAGUCUGCCAAUCUACCCCCACGAGCACUACCUCGGUAA